AUGAUAUUCUCCGCUCAGUACAUGUCUGAGCGAACUCUCCCCCCGAUCGGGCCAUUGCUUCUCACAGUGUUUGCAUGCAUCCUCGAAGUAUUCAUACUAUGUUUUGCAGGAUGGGUGCUAGCGCGCGUUGGAAUCCUGGACCGCAAGACCCAGAAACAACUCAACAGACUCAACGUAUCCCUCUUCACUCCGUCGCUCCUGUUUAACAAGGUCGCAUUUUCUCUUUCCCCUGAAAAACUCCAGGAGCUAUGGAUUAUACCCAUAUUUUUUGUCGGUAUCACCGCCGUCUCUAGUAUAGUUGCCUGGGUUCUCGGAACGGUUUUUGGUCUCAAGCGUUCUCAACGCAAUUUCGCCAUUGCUGCGAGUGCUUUUCAGAAUAGCAACAGUUUGCCAAUCGCCUUGAUGCAAAGCUUGGUUGUGACCGUGCACGAACUCAAGUGGGGAAAAGGGGAUACCAAAGAUUCCAUGCUUGGCCGUGCUCUGACCUACUUGGUGCUCUAUAGCACAUUGGGCAUGAUUCUGCGGUGGAGUUAUGGUGUCCAUCUUCUGGCCCAGGCCGACGAGGAGACACUCGCAAUCAACGAGCAGCCAACUGAGACGGAGCCGUUGCUCAGCGAACAUCAGGAGGGUACUGCUCAGACUGCCCAGGGGUCCAUGUCGCGGCCCAAAUCGAGAGUUUCGUUUACCGUCGAUGGUGAUCAAACACCCGGAUCUUCGCCGAGGGCACAACUGUCGCACCUCCCUCAGCCUCCGGCAGUUCUCGACCCAUCGCCCACCCUCCAAGUUCCCACCGAGCAAGACUUUGCCCGGCCCAAGGCGGGUCGUCGGCAAACAACGUUCCGCGAUUUCUAUUCUUUUCCUGCAACUCCCGCAAGAUCUCACGACAAUAUAGCUUCCCUUGCUGCAUCAACUGCCGACACUCCUGACUAUAACGAUGACGCUAGCCAAGACGAUGAGUGGGGAAGCACUCAGCAGCUUCUGCCUCAUGCUGCUACUGCACCAACUUCGUCACGCUUCCAGUCGUUAAUCCGUCGUGCCAAGCGUCGUAUUAUGCGUUUCUUGAAAGGUCUCAACGAGUUUAUGACUAUCCCAAUGUACGCUGCGGUCGCUAGUUUGAUAGUUGCAUGUGUCCCGCCCAUGCAGCAUGCGCUAGACAAACACAUGCAACCAGUCAAGGGUGCAUUGCUCAAUGCUGGGUCAUGCUCUAUUCCUGUGACACUCAUCGUCCUUGGCGCAUAUUUUUAUCGACCGAAAGAAGACACUGACGUUGCCACUACCGCUGGGCGGGUUUCAGCAUCCAGUAGUACCACGUUGAUCGGAAAUUGGCGAGAUAAUCUUCGCCUUGGCUCUUUGACGAAGGGGUCUGAGGACGCUUCAAAAUACCCAGGAGAAACUAAAACUGUAUUCAUUGCAGUGUUGUCGCGCAUGGUCAUCACACCUUUGGUACUGCUCCCUCUGAUGGCAGUGUUUACCACCUUCGAUGUCCACGAGCUCUUUGUCGACCCUGUCUUUGUUGUUUCGAUUGUGCUCUUGAUAUCGUCGCCUCCAGCUCUAACAUUGGCACAGAUCACGCAAGCAGCAUCUGGUGAUGCGUUCGAGCGCUUGAUUAGUCGAACCAUAUUCUGGGCUUAUUGCGUAUUCACACCCCCACUCACGAUUGUUUUCGUAAAGGUCUCAACUUUGCCUCUGCCCACCACACCGAAAAACAACUUCUUGAAAAUGGAGGUAGAUUCAGCUUCAAAAGACGACUACUCUCGUCGGGACGAUAGAGACGACCGCGACCGCAGGAACCGGCGUGAUCGUGACCGCAGUCGUAGCCGUGAUCGUGAUAGGGAUCGUGAACGGGAUAGAGACCGUGACCGCGACCGGCGAGACGAACGGCGCCGAAGCGAUUACUAUGAUGACGAUAGGCGCCGCCGCCACUCUCGCUCUCGCAGUGGAUCUCGUUCUCGUGAUCGCCGCCGCUCUCGCUCACCCGGAAUGCGUGGCAGCCGUCGUCAUCGCUCCCGUUCUCGUUCUCGGGACAGGGAGCGUGAUCGCUUCUCACGCUCGCUUGGAGGUCCAAUCAACGCAGACCCAGAUGAAGCGGCCGAAUUCAGCAAGAGCAGCAAGAAGGAAAAUCGGGUCUACGUUGGAAAUCUCAGCUACGAUGUCAAAUACGGCGACCUGAUGGAGUUUAUGAGGGGAGCUGGCGAGGUUGUCUUUGCCGAAGUUCUGGUUACUCCAACCGGGGUGAGCAAAGGCUGCGGGAUUGUGGAAUUCAGUACACAUGAAGAGGCUCAGCGUGCCAUUCGAGACUUAUCCGAAACGCCACUUCUGGGUCGCCCUAUUUUUAUUCGUGAGGACCGCGAAUCCGAAGCCCGAUUCGGCGCACCAUCGGUACCUGGCAAGAUGGGAGCUGCAAUGGCGCACACAGGGUAUUCUACCCCUCCUCCACGUUCGGCACUUGCAGGUACCAAUCCUGGUAAUCAGCUCUAUGUCGGCAACUUGCCCUACCAAGCGGGCUGGCAAGACCUCAAGGACCUUUUCCGUACUGCCGGCGCCAUCGUUCGUGCUGACAUUAACGUUGGCUAUGACGGACGUCCUAAGGGCAGCGGCACCGUUAUAUUCGAGACUGCCAAGGAUGCGCAAGCAGCUAUUCAAAUGUACAACGGAUAUGACUGGUACGGGCGGAUCAUUGAGGUUCGUGAGGACCGUUACGCUGGUCUCUCAGGCGGACGAGGGCGUGGCCGCGGUCGUGGCUCUGACCGUGGUUUCCGUGGCGGCCGCGGGGGGUAUGGCGGUCGCGGAGGGUAUGGUGGCGUGUCAAAUGCCGAUUUAUAUGCCGAUUAUUCUGGUCCUGACCAGCAAAUGGGUGGUGGAUUCGGUGCAAUGCCUGAACCUAGCCAACAAAUUAUGGUUCGCAACCUCCCUUGGUCGACUCUCAACGAUGACCUAGUAGAACUAUUUGAGACUACUGGGAAUGUCGAGCAGGCCGAGAUUCUCUAUGAUGGCUCCCGUUCCAAGGGCGCUGGAGUUGUCCAGUUCUCGACAGUAGAGGAAGCAGAAACUGCGAUUGCCAAGUUCCAAUCAUAUAUGUAUGGAGGUCGUCCUUUGGAUGUGCGCUUCAACGAUCGAUGGCACGAAUUCACUUCCUCCUCUGCGAAGGGCGGUCAAACAGCCCUUGCAUAG